UAAUUUAACAUAAUAUAAAGUGAAACAGCAAACUCUACAUAGGUACUAAUACCAUCUCCAUGAUGAAAUGGUUACAAGUACAGUAUAGUUGGGGUUGAAAACAAGGAAAGUGAGGGCAGAGAAUGGCAGGCGCUACCAGUUCUUGCAUCUUCUGUCAAAUUGCUCGAUCUUCUUCUUCUUCAACUACCAUUCUUCACGCUGAUGACAAGGUGGUUGCCUUUCCAGACAUUAAUCCUUCCUCUUUUAGGCAUUAUUUGGUGAUUCCUGUGGAACACAUUGCAACAGUCAAGGACCUUCGUAGGACGACAGAAGACCAUACUCUGGUCAAUCACAUGUUUAAUGUGGGGCAGAUGCUACUAAGCAGAGAUGCACCUAAUUCCAUUCAGUACAGAUUUGGUUUUCAUCAACCUCCGUUCAACAGCGUUAACCAUCUCCACCUUCACUGUAUGGCACUUCCGUAUGUACCCAGGUGGAGAAGGAUUAAAUACUCAUCUUUGGGACCCUUAGGUGGAUUUAUUGAAGCCCAUAAACUGUUGGAAAGAUUGAAGCCAUAAUCAACUCUCCAUCAUCAGCAAUACUUUUUAACGGUCCUUCAACUGCUACAUAUAAAAUCAAUUAGUUUUACUAGUUGCAGAUCCAAGAAUAAACAUCUACACAUUAAAGGUGUCUUAUGAAUGGGUCAAAUGAGUUAACCAAAACAGUCCAGGCUGGUCGUAUUUGUAUUUAGUUCACAGUUAACCAUUUCUAAUAAACUGUAGCUACUAAUGAAAAGUUGCUCUGGAAAAUUAAACUUUUUACCGACAUUAUUAAUAUGAUGGAUUUGAAUGAUUUUAAGGAUUAAA